AUGUAUAUGGGCAUAAAGAAGGCUGAUCAAAAUGUUGAAAAGAAUUAUUCUAGUAUGACUAUGGAGGAAAAGAAUAACUUAAAAAUACGAAUUAUGCAUGAUGCAUUAAACUUUUCUCAAAAUUUUUCAUACUCGAACUAUUUAAAUUAUCAAUAUUUAUCUCAAAUUUAUGUAACGAAUAUGGAGGAAUUAAAACAUAUGGAAAAAAUCGUUAAUGAAAUUAAUAUUGAUAUUAACAAAAAAAAUGAAUUAUUUAAAAUGGCCCAAGAAAAUAUCCCUCUAUAUUAUUACCCUCUUAACAACAUGUAUACUGAAGGAGAGUUACAGUAUUUUGGAAAUUGUAUUAUACCAUAUGUUAGAAAACAAGAAGAAAUAAACGAAAUCCAAAAACAGAUGUUUAACGCAUACCAAAACAGUGUUAUUUAUAAUGAUACCUUUGAAUUAUGGAUAAACGACCUCGAAUCAUUGAACAAAUCUAUUAUUUUUGAAAGAUAUCGGAACAAAAACAAGAAUCAACGAAUUCUUAUGAACCGUGAGCUACGAGAACCAGCCCAUGUCAACAAGAUUGAAAAAAUCAAAAGACGAAUUAGGAGAUACGUAUAUAAGGAUAAUAACAACAUAUAUGUCUCUCAAGAACAAACGGAAGAAUCCAAGGAACAACCAAAUUGCCCCAAAAAUUCCAAAAUUAAUUUUGAUGAUUGGCUGUAA